AAAUAUGUAUAUCUAUACAAGUCGACCGAAAAAUCCAAGUUUUGUGACGUGAAGGCUGGAAUAUGAUUUCUUAAAAAAAUCAAGUUGAAACGAUAUAUAAAGAAAACUAAAAAGAAAUCAUAACUAGUUCAAAGUUUAUGAUCCAAAACUCCCAAUAAAGUUACUUCACAAUCUUUAGAUUCAAAUAAGGAAAUUCAAAGUUCAGCAUCCGAUAUCGCAGUCGCGAUGAAACAAAAUAGUAUCUCCGAAACCGGAAAUCAAAGCUCAAAAAAAUAAUCUGAAUUUAAAAAUACCCAAAAAUUUUAAAUUCAAAUAAGAAAACAAACAAAAAAGUUUGGAAAUGAUUUCAAGAUUAUCAGCCCAAUCCUAAAUAUUCUUGCGGAAUUUCUCCUUUGCGAAUUUUAAAAUCCUCUAAGAAAAAAUCCUCCAAUUCUAAAUUGUCGGGGAGAAGGAUUUUUUAGGAGUAGGAUUUUUUCUCUUUCUAUCUUUCGAAAUCAGCUGUUAUGCUUAUUGUUGACAAUUUUUCGAUAAUUUGCCAAUGGGAUUUUUGCAUGUUUUGGCGAAACUUUAUUAAUUGUGGUUGAUUCGGAAACUUAAAAAUGAAUAGCUUAGCGUUAAAUAUGUUAGUGAGAGAAAUUAGUGAGGAAGAAAGGCAACAAACAAACGCGCAACGAGUGGCGAGGAGGAAACUGCGCGACUUGAUGAACCCCUUGGAGUUGCCUCAACCUUUAUUUGAAAAGUAUUUCAGGUUGAAUAAACCGGCGUUUGAAUACUUGCUAGAAGUGGUAACGACUCAUACACAGCCAGGUAGGAAGCAGUUUGCUGUUACACCUAUAGUGAAGUUGAGCGCCUGUUUGCGCUUUUUUGCGGAAGGUGGUUAUCAGACGGGUGUGGGAAAACACCACGACGUUGGACUAGCGCAGUCUAGUUUCUCCAAAGCACUCGCCGACGUGCUACGUAUAUUUGAGACGUAUCUGUGCCCACGGUGGGAACAGUUUCCAGUGACAGCGGAAGAAAAAAGCAAAAUUGCGACUGCUUUUUAUGUUAAACAUAAAAUUCCAGCUGUUGUCGGUUGUGUAGAUGGAACACACGUUAAAAUAAUCGCACCAUCCGAAAAUUCUCACCUGUACUACAACAGAAAAGGAUACUACAGUUUGAAUGUUAUCUUGGUGUGUGACCAUGAACUAAAAAUUCGCUACGUCGAUGCUUCUCAUCCGGGUGCUAGUCAUGACUCGCUAAUUUGGAACGUUAGCGAGUUACGUUCACAUUUUGAGACCGAAUUUUCGAAUCAUCCAAGAAAUUUCUGGCUAUUAGGUGAUGCUGGAUAUCCGUUGGAACCGUGGCUUAUCACUCCUUAUCGGAUGCCAGGCCAAGCAGAAAUGAAGUUCAACGAAAUACAUUCGAAAUGUCGCAACAUUAUUGAGAGAACAAACGGGGUUUUAAAAAACAGGUGGAGAUGUAUCCUUGGUGCUCGAGAACUACACUACACGCCAGAGAAAGCAGCACAAAUUAUUAAUGCUACUUGUUGCUUACACAACAUCUGCAUUUACUUCAGAGCGAAUGUACCCGAAAUACCCGAAGGCGAAGUCGAGGUAAAUUUUCCUGAAGUUCACGAAGCUCAUACUACUACGCCGACGCGCAAUAUGGAGAUUGCGAGAUCAAUAAGAAACAACAUCCGUGAUUCUUUUAAUAAUUAAAAAUUAAGAAUAGCAAUUUUUGAAUUUUUUACGCACAUUUAAUUCUCGUAAGCUUGGCUAUAAAUAUGUAUUACUAUUUCGAUGUAAUAAAACACUUAGAUAUGUUGUAAUAAAAAAUCAUAUAGAGUGCCGCACUAAAUUAUUGACACAGGGAAUUUUUCGCAAUGUAUGUAAACUUUUUAAAUUUAAUUUUUCCUCUAAUUUAUUUAUAAA